GCCGUCGCCGUCGCCGUCGCCGUCGCCGACACGCACCGCAGCACACGCACACAGACGCGCGAGCUCACUGAAUUUCAAAUAGCUUAUGAAAUUGACAAAAGCAUAGCGCCAUAUUGCCUGCUUGUGUUUGAUUGCCGUUGUGGCGUGUGCUCGACUAAUUUCAUCGUAAUUCGUAACAAUGGGAGACAACCAGGAACAGAAACCCGAUUCCGGCCCAGGCGACGCGAAUUCUGAGUACAUCAAGCUCAAAGUUGUGGGAAACGAUAGCAAUGAAAUCCACUUUAGGGUAAAAAUGACUACGCAAAUGGGUAAACUCAAGAAAUCCUACAGCGAUCGUGUGGGUGUACCUAUGACAUCGCUCAGGUUUCUGUUUGAUGGUAAAAGAAUCAACGACGAUGAAACACCAAAGCAGCUUGAAAUGGAAAACGAUGAUGUUAUUGAAGUAUAUCAGGAGCAGACAGGCGGUCUAUACUGGGAACACUAAGAAGUUAUAAUAGAAAGCCAUAUAUUUUGGUUUUAUUAUUUUCUAAAAGUGAAAGUGGCUAAUGUCAGGAUAAUAUGGAAAAGAACACAUUUUUUUCAUUGAAGACAUGUAUUUAAAAAUCUUAAUGUAAUUUGAUGAUUUUCAUAUAAGUAAUCUGGAGUGGUGUUUUACAUUCCCAUUGUACACAAACAGAUCAUAAUUACUGUUUUCAUAAGCCAUACGCAUUCAUUCAUCAUUAAAAACAAAAGUCAGAUGUCAAAGUUUAA